AUGACCUGGAUCUUUUCAGUCCACCGCUAUCAGAAUGCGCACCGCGACUCCGCUCGGGUGACGGGUACUGGAAUAGCUAUAAGCCGUGGUGCUGCUGGUGCGCUGUCGUUUUGUAUGGCUGUUGUGCUUUUAACGGUUUGUCGCAACAUCAUCACGGUCGUCAGAGAAACGACUCUCGGAGAGUUUAUUCCAUUCGAUUCUGCUAUCGGUUUUCACAAGAUUGUAGCGCUAUUUGCUGCAUUCUGGGCCUAUGUACACACGAUCAGUCACUGUGUGAACUUCUAUCAUAUAGCCUCACAAAGCAGGGAAGGACUUCAGUGUUUGUUUCAACAAGCGGUUGCUGAGUCAAACUUUCUACCGUCGAUUAGCUACUGGUUUUACGGCACGAUCACCGGUUUCACUGGCAUUCUUCUUGUUGCUGUUAUGUCGAUUAUCUAUGUCCUCACUCAUCUGCUCAAUAUCGCUUUCUACGCUCUGACAAUACUGCACGGAAUACCACGAUUGCUCGGGACGCCCACGUUCUCGAGUUAUGUCAUUGGUCCAGUGGUUGUCUUUGUUAUCGACCAGAUCAUAGGAAUGCGUCAGAAAUAUAAGGAAUUGAACAUCGUUAAUGCUGAGCUUCUACCUUCCGAUAUCAUCUAUCUUCAAUUCAAGCGACCAGCUUCCUUCAAUUUCCGUUCUGGGCAAUGGGUGCGUAUUUCCUCGCCCACGUUCUCCAGUACCUUCAAUGAAUGGCAUGCUUUCUCACUCGCUUCCGCACCUCAAUCUCCAACUGUAGAGCUGUACAUCAAGGCUGUGGGCCCGUGGACAUGGAAACUGAGA